GGUGUGAGGAUGAAUCGCUGCCAGUGGCUCUCAAUAUCAUCUCGAUGAACCUGCUGGCCUAGAUAUAAGGGGGCUUAUUUAUUUAACACUUUCCUGUCACAACUUGUUUGUCAUAUAAAUGCUUCUUGUUGCUGUUUAUUGUAUUUUAACAUCCAUUCUGUUUCUGGUUCUAAUGUGUUUUCAAAUGCGUUGCCAUGGAGCAAUUCACAGGAGACCACAUCUGCUAAGCAACAAUCCGUGCGUAGUAGUUGUCCCAUGUGAGCAAUAAAUGAAAAAGGGCGUCAGCAAAGCAAGAGUGUACAUGUAACCAACAAGAUCCUGUACGAGGGAAUACCAAGGGUGAGCGAGAAAAUUGCAGCCAGGAGAAUGAGACUAGCAGGACAUUGCCAAAGGCAUCAAGAGCCGCCAGCCGGCAAAUUGGUGCUGUGGGAACCAACACACGGGCAUCGGUCACGAGGGCGUCCCGCACAAACAUACGUGGACGUACUCAAGAAUGACGUAGGAGCACAAAGUACCAAUGAACUGGCCAGAUGUAUGGAGAACCGGGAUGACUGGAAGCAACGAUGGAGGGCUCGUCUGAGGACGACCUAGAGAGAAAGCAAAUUUUUACCAAAGAUUGAUCCACUUCUCGCCAUAACUGAGCACUAGCUACCUCCAGCAUGGCUGAGAAUGUUGUCCCCGGUCCCCAGCUAGGGGACCCAGCUGCUGCAGCACCCAGCCUCAGCAGCACCCCUGGGGACCCGAUGGAUGUGGAGUGUCCCAUCUGCUACCAGGAGUACAACCAGUACAAUAAGAGUCCCCGGAUGCUGGAGUGCACGCAUGUUUUCUGCACCGAGUGCCUCCAGAGGAUCCAGCUCUGCCCCAGCGAGCCCUCCAACCCCAGCAGCCCGUCAGCCCUCCCCUGCCCCCUGUGCCGCCACCUCACCCCUCUCACCUCCGGGGACGCCCUCUCCUUACCCUGCAACUCCCGCAUCCUGUCCAGACUCCCCCCCGCCACCUACUGCCUGGCUACACACCUGGCCACCAUCACCCAGAGAGUGGUGCUGUCCCUGGAGGGCGAAAGCAGGGACACUCGCUUCAUCAUCCUGCCCACCGUCAGCCUGCGGGUGCAGCAGAUGCACCCGGAGAGGCCGUACGGGAUGGCGCCGGGCAUUGUGCAUGGGGAACAGGAAGUCUUAGAGCAGAGCAAGAGGACACUGUUCUGUGUGCAGCUGCUGGCCGUCACCUUCUGGGUGCUGUUUGUGAUCACGUGCGUGGUCGGGGUGGUGUUUGGGCCACAUUUCAUUAACAGGAAUCAUUAGUAGGAAGCUCUUCUUUUAGCUAGUGAUAUUAGAUUAUGAUAUGAAGCACUGUAUAAAGUAAAUGAAUUUGAAAAGAAUAUUAAACACAAACUUCGUUGAACAUAAGUUUGACCACUAUUGUUGGUAUCUACCCUGUUGAUCUGGGACCAAUUUAUAUUCAAAUGUUGUUUAUAAAAUACCACCAUUUACACCAAUUCUGACUCAUGUACUGAAUAUGUGUUGCCCUUUCAUUAUUGAUAGACUGAUCAAGAGUUCCCUCUAGUGGUUCAUUUGGUGAUGUAUGAGAUGAGAUCACAACUUUAGAUAAAAGGAUCAAAACUAAGUGUUUUUUUCUCUGUGCCUGUUUAGGCCAUUAUGAAGUGCAUAGCUGUCCUGCUAAUGCGGAGAUUUCAAUAAAG